AUGGACCUGUUCACCAAGGUGCUCACCAGGGCUAGGGACUUCGCCAAAUCCAAACCCGGAUUAUUUGGCCUGCUGUCCGACAACACUAUCACGGUAAAAAAUCUUCUCUUCUCCGCUGUUGUGGUGGGGUUGCAGCAGCUACUGAGCUCCGAACUUUUCGAUUGUCCCUUGGAAAAUCACGUGUGUUAUGGCGUCAUGUUCCUUGUGACCCCAUUCUCCAUAGUGCUGAUCAUGAACAUUCUACUAAUUGGAGACGUAUGGAAGGUUACCGAUAGGUGUUGUGUACCAUACUAUAAAAGAAAGUUUGAUUGUUUACGUCUUAUUCCCAACAUCUGCAAGUCCUUUGUUGGUCCUUUUGUCUGGCUGAUAGCAUCUUUUGUGGACGGCAAGUACGUCGCGUGCUUCAUGGUUGGUCAGGACAUCGAGAAACGAAAUCUUACCGACGACAUGGAAAUUGAAAAGUUGGAAGAGGAAUUCGCAAAAGCCAAAGCCUGGUCGCAUAUUUUAGCCUGGAUUGCCUUUUUGUGUUUGGUUCUUGGAAUCGCUGUAAUAAUGACUAUAAAGAAGUGUUACUUUAAGGACAAUAUUCUUUGGGAAGGUACAGUUUAGAACUUUUAAGGUGAUAUAAAUCCCUAGAGCGUUUGGGUUAAAUAAUUAUGAGACGUUUUUUUUUUCGGGAAUAUUACGGGAGGUACUUCUCGAAAAUCUGAGGCUCCGUAUAUCGCACCCGGGAUUUCCUUAACAACAAUUACUUCAUUCUCUCUUGUUUUAAACUGAUUACAAGGUUUUUUGUGACAUUAAUGUAACUUCGUAAGUCAGAGUGGCUGUUACAAUUGGUUGCCACUCCUCCCAAGCGCCCCCCCCCCCAACUUGCGUCAUCGAAUGACCUUCACUUACGUGCGUGGGUUUGCCUACCACCAGCGCCCAUAGAGACCAACCAGUAGAACAUCCUAUGUUAAAUUGGACCGGGUUGACGGAAAGUGGCGCCCUAUGAUCCACUGAUUGCCAAAAGGGCUGAUUUUUAAUAGUAACUACUUUUCGUUGGUUGUUAGGCAAACUAUGAUGAUCACGAGUUGUCAAUUUAUUACACUUAAUAAUUAAGGCCAUUUUUAUUCCCAUUCUCUUUGCGUAAUGGCAUAACGCGAGCGGUCACGAGUCGUUCUUUUCUCAGAGCCAGGCGCGGGGAGCAAAGAAGUAAAAUUAUGCAAAUAAAUGGUAAAAGGAGGGGAGAUUAAGGAAGUAAGAGAAUUCUCGCAGCCUUGUCGUGUAAGUAGGUUCAUGUACACGUUAUGAUCAUUGAUAUUUUUUGUCAUUAUUUUAUUCUCUUUAGACCAAUACACCCUUGAUCGGCGAGAAGCAGUAGCGGCGAUGUUGACCUUCCGUGAUUUUAUAGAACAUCCUAAUGAGCACGAUGACGAGGAAACCGGAACAAAUGAAGCCGGUACCGCGGCGCAAGCAGGGGCAGGUCCUCCUAUUGCCACCAGUUCAAAACCCGUGAUUAAAUCAGCUCCCGUUGUUAGUGAUUCGGCUGGAGCAAGUGCAACGGCUAUCACUGCUCUUUCCACUGACACCGAGGGAAAUCGCAGGAAAGAUAAGACAAAAGACGAGACUGAUGGGAAACAAGUUAAGAUAAGUCUUUGGAAGAGAGCGUGGCGCUGGCUUAGAGGAAAUGAAGAGAAAGGUGGGCAAAACGACGACGCCGAAAAGGAGAAGGAAAAAGGCAUCACAGGUCGUUUUAUUGGCAAAGAGGAGAAAAUUACAAUUUAUCCUGAAGGCAUUCCUGAGCAGAGAGGUAAAAAGUUUGUUGAAAAACUGUUUGUUGGCCGGUCGAGCAACCUCGACUGGGAUUACCGUGAAAAGUAUGACUAUUUCAAAAACGAGUACCCGCGGGUUACAACUGGGAACCCAAAAGACCCAUGGGUUCGGCAUGACAAGACGAAGGACAAAGUUGAUUCUCAGAAAGAUCCCCGAAAUUGUUUCCCUUCAAAUACACGAGGUAUCGAGGCGACGUCUUCCGUUUAA